AUGGCCCUGCUGACCAGGUGGUCCGACCCGGUCCGAUCUGGGCUGGUUCCUGGAGACAUUGCGCCAAGCGGUGGUGGCACAACAGUAGCAGCAGCGGUACUCCGCCUCUUCCAACGCGCAGAGAAGCAGCCGCCCGGUCCUUGGCCACUUCCGGUGAUCUGGAAUCUCCACGUGCUGGGCAAACUGCCCCACCAAAGCCUGCGCAAACUGGCCAAGGGAUAUGGUCCCAUCAUGUGCCUGCGCGUUGGGAAUGUUCCCGCCAUCGUGGUGUCAUCCCCCGAGGCCGCCAAGCUGUUCCUCCAAACCCAUGAUCGGAUCGUUGCAGGCCACCCUAAAACCCACGCCACCGAUCACAUUUUUUACCGUGGGAAGGGUAUUGCCCUUAUAGAUUAUGGGCCUCACAGGCAGAGUGUCAGGAGACUAUGCAUUUCACAACUCUUGAGCCCGUCGAAGAUCAAUCUCUUUGGGCCGGUGAGGAAGGAGGAGCUUCGGCAUCUCGUGAGGAAGAUUAAGGAGGCUGCAGCGGUUCGCGAGGUGAUGGACCUUAGCGCGGCAGUGGGGCAACUUAUUGGAGACGUGGCCUUUAGAAUGAUAUUAGGAGGCAGCAGUUAUAAGGACACGGCCAAUUCGAGGGCUAUGAUUCGUGAGGGUCUAACUUUAGUCGGUGCCUUUAAUCUUGCUGAUUAUGUGCCCUUAUUAAGGGCAUUCGCUCUUCGGAUACUUAACUUUGUGUACCUCUGA